ACGGACAGGGAGAAGAUACUUAGAGGGACUUGACUCUCCUCUUUGUGUUCUCCACUGCUUUGCCAUACCUCUCUUUCUCUGCUCCCCCUUCUCUCUGUGGAUUCUUUCCUUUCAGAGGAAACAAAACCGGCCAUCAAGAUGACAACAAAAGUUAGGACCUCGAGCAUGCGGUCCAGCAGUGGAGGCUUUUCUAGUGGAGGAGGCCGCAGCAGCGGCGGUGGUUUAAGCUUUAGUAGUGGUAGCUACGCCGGUGGUGGUGGCGGCGGUGGUGGCGUCCGCCAAUUUUCCUCAAGAUCCAUGUCGUUCAUGGCGCCAGCCAGAGUGUCAAGUACCUCAGUGCGGCAAAACUUUAGCAGUGGUGGUGGUGGUGGUGGUUUUGGUGGUGGUGGUUUUGGUGGUGGUGGUUUCGGCAGUGGUUUUGGCGGUGGAUUUGGCGCUGGUGGUGGUGGUGGCGGCAGCGGUGGCGGCGGCGGCGGUUUCAGUGCUUAUGGUUUCAGUGGUAUGGGUAUGGGUGGUGGUGGUGGUGGCGGCGGAGGUAUGGGAAUGCCCAUCACAAACGUCCAAGUCAACCAGAGCCUGCUGGCCCCCCUGAACCUUGAGAUCGACCCCAACAUCCAGACUGUCCGAACCCAUGAGAAAGAGCAGAUCAAGACUCUAAACAACCGCUUCGCCAGCUUCAUUGACAAGGUUCGCUUCCUGGAGCAGCAGAACAAAAUGCUGGAGACCAAGUGGAACCUGCUGCAGGAACAGACCACCACCCGCUCCAACAUCGACGCCAUGUUCGAGGCCUACAUCGCCAACCUGCGCAGACAGCUGGAUGGGCUCGGCAAUGAGAAGGUUAAGCUGGAGGGAGAGCUGAGGAACAUGCAGGGACUUGUGGAGGACUUCAAGAACAAAUAUGAAGAUGAAAUCAACAAGCGUGCUUCUGUGGAGAAUGAGUUUGUGCUGCUUAAGAAGGAUGUAGAUGGCGCCUACAUGAACAAGGUUGAGCUGGAGGCCAAGGUUGACGCCCUGCAGGAUGAGAUCAACUUCCUCAGAGCUGUCUAUGAGGCUGAACUUCGUGAGCUCCAGGGACAGAUCAAGGACACCUCAGUCAUCGUGACGAUGGACAACAGCCGCGAUUUGGACAUGGACUCCAUUGUGGCUGAAGUCAAGGCUCAGUACGAGGCCAUCGCCAACCAGAGCCGUGCUGAUGCUGAAUCAUGGUAUCAACAGAAGUACCAGGAGAUGCAGAGCAGUGCAGGCCAGACCGGAGAUGAACUUCGCAACACCAAGAGUGAGAUUGCUGAGCUGAACCGCAUGAUUAGCCGCCUACAGAAUGAGAUUGAGGCAGUCAAGGGACAGCGUGCCAACCUGGAGGCCCAGAUCGCUGAGGCUGAGGAGCGCGGUGAGCUGGCAGUGAAGGAUGCCAAGGCCCGCAUUAGGGACCUGGAGGAAGCCCUGCAGAGAGCCAAACAGGACAUGGCCCGCCAAGUCCGCGAGUACCAGGAGCUCAUGAACGUCAAGCUGGCUCUGGACAUUGAGAUCGCCACCUACAGGAAGCUUCUGGAAGGAGAGGAAUUAAGAAUUGGCCAUGGCGGUGAAAACGCAACCAUCCACAUACAGUCCUCAAGCAGCGGUGGCGGUGGCGGAGGCGGCGGCGGAUUUGGUAUGGGCUUUGGUUCCGGAGGCGGCGGAGGCGGCGGCGGUUAUGGCAGCAGCAGCAGCUUUGGCGGCGGGAUGUCCAUGUCCGGUGGUGGCUACAGCAGCGGCGGCUUUGGCAGCGGGAUGUCCAUGUCCGGUGGUGGCUACAGCAGCGGCGGCGGCGGCGGCUUUGGGAGCGGCGGCGGCGGCAGCAGCAGCAGCAGUUUCAUCACAAAAAAGACCACCAGCCAAGUCUCUAGCCGCCGUUAUUAAAAACAGCAGUUGUCUUUAUCUCACUCUUCUUCUAUAAGGUUCUUCUCCCCUUUCCCUGACAACCACUUAUAAAAGCUUCCAUAAACCCCAUCACUUGUCUCCUUGGAGACACAGCAGCCUCACAGACAUUUGCAUUUGACAAUUUUCAGAUGGCAGAUCCAUGUAAUGGGACAGCUCUCUUUGGCAUUUAGUUACUGUGUUGCUGCUCCCUCUUUGGCACCACCUACCUACAGAGAGUCAAAGAUUACAUAAAAAUAGAAGUAGAGGCAGAGAAAUGGUUAGACCAAAAACAAAGAACAACAGAGAUGUGAGUCAGCCCUCUCUGGCUGUCUUUUGGUUGCUGGAUCUGCUGUCAUGCAGACAAGAGGAUACUUGUAGUGUGAUGACAGAGAAUCCGUACAAGGCAACAAUCAUUGCACAUAAAAUGCCAACAGCAGUUCUUAGAUUUGCACAGAAGGAGGUCCAAAUGUGGUUGUUCAUGAUUUUUUAAAGCAAACAUGGGAUAACUCCUCCUAUCUGCAAUGUUUCAUCUGUUGUCUCACAUAGGUCAUUUUGUUGUGCAUUUUGACAUCAUCAAAAGCAGCCACAUUCACAAUACUUUCAUAUAUGAAAUUUGGGAUCCUCUUUUCUUCUCCUGUUCAGAGGGAAAAUGAGCUCUCCAGUACAGUAAAUAAAUGGUGUUUUGAUCCUCCUUUACCUCCAUUUCCACUCUGAAUAAAAAAAGAAACCAGAUUUAUUGUGAAUUUGUACCACUAAACCAUCUGGAAUAAACCUGAUUUCAUAUUCA